AGAAAACGAAACAAGAUUUUCUGGAUAUCGGUAUUUCCCUUUAACAGAUCAAACACAGCCCGCCAUUUGAAGAGAAUACAAGAAAAACCCUUAUAGUGUUACAUAUACAUGAUGGAUCCCAUUCCCCGUCUAUCAGAGGUCCUGUAUGUUGGUCUGUGUCGUAAGAUAGGGACACCGACAGAAGUGGCCAUCAGAAGGGACGUGAAGGACACGAGGGAAAUGAUAAUAAAACCUGUUAAUAAUCAUAAAGGAUGUGCUGGAAUGGAGAGUGGUAGUCAUAGAGAGGGAUUUCGGCUGAUUUCAUCUGACAUUGAUAUAAUGUUAUGGUUUUGUAAUUAUAAAUUAAUUACUGAAAUCUCCCAGUCUCGGUUUUAUAAUACAUCAAAGCAUAUCAUUAUGCUAAUGGAAGAUUCUGAUACACCACCAGGAUUUGUCAGAUUACGCCUCCUGACACCAUUGCCAUACAUAGGCAUGGUACCAUGUCUUGUUUUCUUAAAUGGCGGGGCUUAUUUAUCAAGUCUGCUGUGGAGAGAACACUAUUUUCAACACAGGAUUAAGACAGUUCCUAACCCCGAAAAUGUCAGAAUCCAUGGUCCUUGUAGUAGUAAUUUCAUUGGACCUAUUGAAUUCGAUGUAGCUUACUGUUUAGCCACAUUUCCUUGGCCUAAACUAUUAGGAGGUUGGAUUGAAAGAUGCCAUAGACACACCUGGCCGCCGGUAUAUGUGUUAGAAAAAAUCCUAAAAAAUGAAUGUCACUGUAUGCCUAUUGGUAGUAAAGUUGAUGUGACUCCUAACGAACUGGAAUGGAGGUUAUCAUUUUCUCAAGCCGAGCAACAACUAGUGUGUACCAUGAAUCAUGCACAAUUUCUAUGUUACGGACUCCUGAAAAUAUUUCUGAAGGAAGUUAUCAAUUGUGCGGAGGAUAAAUUACUGUGUUCAUAUUACAUGAAAACCACAAUGUUCUGGAUGAUGCAAUUAGGACAAGUGAGGUGGUGUCCAAACAACUUACUGGAUUGCUUUUGGAAGUGUUUGAAAUAUCUUCUUCAUUGUGUUUAUCGUGGGGUUUUCCCUAAUUUUUUUAUCCCACAGAACAACAUGUUCAUGAACAAAAUUGUUGAUGAUUCACGUGAAUCUCUUUUACAACAACUUUAUCAGUAUUACACAAUGGGCGUGUCCUGUCUACUGUCGAGUCCGACUCUCAGAUCAAUCCUUGAACCAGCCCUCAGUAGCCCGUCCUUUGUAUUAUCUCCUGCUGAGGGAGAAUUCAUAAGUAUUGCAAAUUUAGAUAUAUGUGGCAUACGUGAAUUCAAGCGCUUAAGAGUUCCUGCUCAACACAUAUGGGAAUCGUAUCUUUAUUUAAAAUCAAUUAACGCACUAUUUCGGUUUUCAAGCUCACCACACCAAUUAUUACUAUUACAGUACUAUACUGCUCAGAUUCUUGUUCGUUUAGCCUUUAUAAUGACAAAUAGUGCUUCAUAUUGCACCCAUAAAAAUAUCUAUAACUUAGAUACAAAAAUUUGUGGCAUGUUGAAAAUGGCAGCAAGAUUAGGGACUGUGCCUUAUUUACUUUAUCUCGCAUUGUAUUACUACAGAACAAGACGAUAUGACAAAGCAGUACGAUUCAGUAAUCUCACUAAACGAAAAUUGUUAGAUGACUUUAUUAUAUAUCAAUAUAUUUUUGAUAAACAAAGGUACAAUAAAACUGUAGGUAAUCUAUCUUUGUCUAGAAGAAUGGGAUUGGUCUGGGUGGAUGAUGUGUAUUUAUUUCACAAUGUUCCAUGUAUUGAAGAAUUAUUUUUAGAACAAAAUGUUAGUCAACAAAACGGAGGGCAAGACCAACAUUUACCACCAUUUGUUAUAGUAGAGAUGUUGUCUGUGUUAUCUCACUAUAGACUGGGUAAUAGAUCUCAGUGUUUACAGUCGCUGACAGACCUACAGACACUAUUGCUCUAUGAUGACGGGACAUAUGUUCCUUUAUACACCAGAGACCUAUCCUGGCAGGUACUAGGGAUCUGUCAACAAGUUGUGGGAGACUUACACGGGGCGUUACGGUCUUAUGAAGAGUCGCUCAGACAGGAACCAUUCCAGGGCAUAAAAGAAGCUACAUAUUUUAGAACAGAAUGUGUUAAACAACAAUUACAAAGAAAUGUGUACAUGUAAAAAAUAAUAUGCAAAGUUUCUCUUAUAAUUUAAAAGUGUGCAGACCAGCUGUACAAAAAAUGCAUGGCACACUGAGAUAGCCAGUUGGCAGGAAUCAUUGACAAUUUUAGCAAAGUUUAAGCGGUCGGUAAAGGUGAAAAGUAUGGAUUUACUUUUUAUACGCAUAUUAAAACUAUAAAAAGUUGCAUUUUGAUGUUUUAACAUUCCUCUACUCCUUCUCCCACUCACUACUUACAUACAAAAUGACGUUUAAUUUUAAAGCAAUGUCUACAAGAAUGACAAAGUCAGUAAGUGAACAUUUGUCAAAUGAAAGAAUAACAACAAUAGAUGCGGGGAUAUCAUUUAGUGAGUUGAGUACUCAUAGUACCUCUAGUUUGUGUGCUAGAUCCAUGUGACGUAACAAUUAUUUAAUGUUACUUUUCCCCGUAGUUUACAGUAAGUUCCACGAUCGAUACAAUGACCAUGUCAGCAAUACAUAAUAUCAUUAAGUCAAAUGCUAACUGACGUUUUUUUAUACUAAUUUGCAUUGGUUGGAGCGUCUGCUCUAAGAGUUGCGAAAUUAGGAGUUGAUCCUAAUGUAGCAAAUUCGAAUCCCACUGUGGGACAUGUCGACAUUUAUCAGCUAGCCCAGCAUGUCAAUUGCUUUUGAUUUAUUACAACAUAACCUCAGUCUGAGUCGCUGUGUCCCGUAUCAUUUCUUUCAUGGAUCGGAAUUUCACCUUCAGUUUUAAGGAAUUUUCCUAUAUAUGUCUAUGUCAAACUGUGGUCGGCCAUUGUGGCUACGCCUUACCCAAGGGAGUCGUAAUUUGAACAUACUUGAAUCUACCAUACCUAGGUGCUUCCAUAUAAAUAUGAUGAAUUAUGGCUUUGAUAAAAGAGAAGAUUACAAAGCCUUAUAUCAUUUAUAAUCGUAUUGUAGAUAUAGAUUGUUAUAAUAGAGAGAUUGGAAGCUUGCCACUUAUGGAAAGAAUGGGGAAAACUGUAGAAGUGGACAUUGACUUACGUAUGAUCAUGUUAAAAGAACGGAAUUUGAAUUUAGUUUGGUAGCACGAAAUUUUAUUGAUGUACCUCCAUAUGUUAUGGUACUAAUGUUGUUAGUGUUGUGUAAUCGUGGAAACCCACAAAAACAACACAAAGCUCUUGAUGAAUUGGACUUCCCCCUUCAUUUUGACAAAGAGCGUCAUAUUAAGACAAUAUUUAGAGGUAUAUCGUGGCAGAUUAUUGGGAUCUGUCAAGAAGUUUGUGAAGACUAUCAGGAGGCGCCUUUGUCUUAUCAGAAUUCUCUUAAAGUAGAACCGCAUCAUAAUUUAAAGGAAGCGACGUAUCUCAGAAUACAAGAUGUUCAGUGUAGACAUGCAAUGGGAUAAAAUGUUUAUAAAUGAAUAUACAUGUAGUGUCCAUUGAAUGCAUACUAUGUUUACGCAAUGUUUUUCAUGCAAAUGUAUUUUGAGGUUUACUUUGCUGUAGUAUAAGUUUGAUGCUGUAUAUAAAAUUAA